UCAGUCAAAGCUGGCGACACCGACUGGAUUGUGGCGGAGCGCUCAGCCGUGAGGGGCGGGUGGACUGGGUGUUGCCUGUGUGUCAGAGCUGAAAUCGGAUCCCCAGCUCAGACGACCGUUACCCGUCGACAUAGCUGCCUUCUGUAGCCGUCGUUCUGUGAACCCUGCUCACAAAAUCUCUGUCUAACCGACCGCCAUGGGAGUCGAAGGCUGCACCAAAUGCAUCAAGUACCUGCUGUUUUUCUUCAACUUCAUCUUCUGGCUUGCAGGAGGUGUAAUCCUGGGUGUGGCACUGUGGUUGAGACAUGAACCCAAGACGAGCAGCCUACUGGAGCUCCAUUAUGAGGGAGACCAUGCCCCCACUACUUUCUACAUAAGUGUCCACAUCCUGAUUGCUGUCGGCGCAGUGAUGAUGGUGGUCGGUUUCCUUGGGUGCUAUGGAGCCAUCCAAGAGUCCCAGUGUCUGCUGGGAACUUUCUUCACCUGCCUGGUCAUCCUCUUCGCCUGUGAGGUUGCAGCUGGAAUCUGGGGCUUCAUGCACAGGGAUACUGUGGCAAAGGAGAUGAUCGCCUUCUACGACUCUAUUUAUGACAAGGCAAUAAGCAACACUGAUAAGCAAAAGGAAAAGCCUGCUUCCGCUGUCAUCAAAGUCUUCCAUGACACGCUGAGCUGCUGUGGUAAAGACCCGGGAACCACUUUAGUGACACAGUUUGCGGAUGCACUUGGUGUGACUAACAUAUGCUCCGGCUCUGUGACUACAGUGAACUGCCACCAAAGGAUCAAUGAAUUGUUCUCUGAGAAGAUUUACCUGAUUGGCAUUGCUGCUCUGGUGGUUGCCAUUAUUAUGAUCUUUGAGAUGAUCUUCAGCAUGGUCCUGUGCUGUGGGAUUCGCAACAGCCCGGUGUACUAAAGGGACGGGCUGUCAGCUGACUCGCCAAUGAAGGAAGGGCGACUUCGCUGUCUCCAUCUCUCUCGCUUUUCUUUUCCUUUCUUUUCUUUUCUUAUCUAAGUGGAAAUGUCACAUAUUCGUUAGCUGGAUUUAGUCUUCAAGGAGGCAAUGUAAAUCAUUGAGCAUUUUAGUUACACUGUCAAUGAGUUUCUGGUAGUCAGACAUGCUGUUUUGCAAAUUUGACCUAACUUGAUAUGUAGAUAUUGUAUUACGUUAUCACAAAUGAAUGCUAGUCACUAGUCCCAGUGCUGUAAUCCUGUAGGGAUUCAGUAGGUUGCUGCUUCCUUGCCUAUGAAAAUGCUUUUUAAAAUUUUUUUUCUCACCGUUUUAUGUAUAAACUGUAUAUAAAAAUAUAUCACCAGUCCUUUAUGACUGCCUGAGCAUGGAUAUCAUAUGAUAUUAGAUCCUCCUAUAUUCCUCCUGUACUCUGCUUGUUUGUCUUGCCCUAGGCUGAACCAGAUGGUGUGUAUGAGCACUAGUUAAGCACUAGUGUUGGCCUUACAUUGUCACCCAUCUCAGUUAAUUUUGGAAGCUGGAACCAAAAUCUCAGUGGUUAAAUGUUAUGUGCUUGUUGACAGUCUACACUCAGCCAGCAGUCCCUGUUUGUUCAGCCGUGUGGGAAAUUGGCUGCCUUUUGCUUGCUAAUAGAGGAGUUGCAUGGUGAAACUCCAGUUUAACAGUGGGGCGGUCCUUGGUUUGGUGUUGUGAAUCUGUGUUGCCCUUGUCUGGUCCUUCUCAUCUGUCUCUCCAGAUUCACAGCCUACUUAUCUUCCUCAUGUUCACCUUUCAUGUAAUAACAGUACUACAUAUAGGUUCCCAGUGCGGAGCCAGAAGGCAGCUCAUCUGUUUUGAGCUGCCCAGUGGUUUGCGCUAAGCUUUCUCCUGUUCAUAUUGCUUUGCAGGUGGCUUGGCCUCUGACAGCUGGAGCAGGUGUAUUUGUUUACACGCACAAAACAGGGAUCGACAAAAUAUCAUGGACACAUGAAAUUGAAUAAAAUUGCAUCAGAGACAUAUGGAGGAUCGUUUUGGCCAGGAAAACUUUAAAAAUAAAUGCUUUUUGGGACAUUUUAGAAAAUGUAUGUAACAAAUGGUGAAAUGGAUUUGUAAUUAUACAGCGCUUUUCUACACACUUAACCACACUCAAAGCGCUUUACAGUAUUUUGCCCGUUGCUUAUUCCCAUUGUUUCUGGAAGUAAGAUGAGAGAAUUUAGGCUAAAUAUGAAGCUACAACCAGCAGUUCUUAUUAUUCACGCUAUUAUGAUAGUCACUUUCACAAAUUCAUGUUUUUCAGGACUAUUGUAUUGGAUUAGAUUUUACAAGUGUUUGUGAUCUUGUCUGCUCCUUUUAAGUCUCAGGCUGAUUGCAGUGGUAAUAUUUGUCCUAGUAGAGGACAGUGCAGUCAUAUUAACAGCUACAGUGUUGCUCACAAAUUGGACUCAACUGCAGUACAGUGGGGUUUUUAUUAAGCCACAUAGUCAUGGCCAAAAACAUUGGCACCCCUGCAUUUCUGUCUGAUAACACACUAUUUCUCCCAGAAAAUUGUUGCA